AUCCUCAUAAAACAAGCGAAAUGUUACUCUGAAAAAACCCAAAGCCCUUGCUAACUUCGUCGUCCUCCAAGCCGGCCGAAAAUCUGCCUGAAAUCCGCGCCGCUCCCUCCAGCCCACCACCGCGCUCAAGUUCGUCGCGGCUCCAAUGGUGACCAGGUGGAGCCAGAAGAGCCCCGGCCUCAAGAUCCUGUGGAUCUGGACCCUGGGCACCGCCGCGAUCAUGAUCACCAACGUCGUCCGGACGCGCGUCAACGAUAUGCAGAUGAUCCUCCGGGAGGAAGACGAAGCCGCUGGCUCCGGCGGCGGCGGUGGCGGCACCGGGGGCGGGGCCUCCGGCGAGCGCGUCAUGAGAGACGACGAGUUGACUUGAGCAGCAAGUGAAGAGUUUGCUUGAGCUUGAGCGACUCUACAUGGCAAAAUUCGCGGAAGCCCGCGUUUCGCCAGCCAAGACUAAACGGUUCAUCGUUUGAUGUCUCCAGAAACUUUUUUUAGGGCAUUUUUAUUGGUAAAGCAGUGAGGUAUGUACCUGCGUGGGGCAUGAAACUGUGGAACUGCUUGGUUCCAAAUACUGCUGCCUCUUGUACCUGUCUGUUGCUUAGAAAUGAAUCUGUUACUUUACACGGUCAAGUUUUUUAUGGUAAGAAAGAGUGCCAAA